AUGCGCUUACAGCAGAUUCCACAACUAUUCACAACUUAAAUAAUUCUCCCGUUCGUCAACUCUCCUUUCAACUCCACACACAAACUUCACUUUGUUGAAACUCAAAGAUUCUUCCAUCUUCCAAAUCUCUUCACCAUCAACAAUUCUACUUUCUUCUUCACCUCUAAUUCUGACGCAACAUCACCAUAAUUCUUCAACGUUCUUGAUUGAUUGAUUUGAUACAAUUCUAGGGUUUCAAGCCCCGUAUUAAUUGCUCAAAAUUGAGCAAUUUUGAUGCAUAAAAAAAACUAUUUCACCCGGAUUUUCGACUGUAUCGGUAUUUCAAGUUGAUGAAAGACGAUUUUAGGGAGGAGAAAGAAAAUGACAACUGCAAGAACAAAUUUAGUUAUGACAGUGAUUGGAUUUGUAGUGAGCACGUUGUUCAUAGUGUUUAUAUGUACACGACUAAUCUGUGCUCGAAUUCAAUUGCGCGCAUCUCGUCGAAAUUUCCGUCACCAUAUCGCUUCGAGAUCGAAUCUCAGUAUUUUGGAGCGCGGAGUGCAUGGUGUUGAACUUCCAAUAGUCGCCAACUUUCCAGCCAAAAAGUAUGGGGAUGAGUAUUUUUCAUCUGCAGAAAGUGGCCAAUGCUCCAUUUGCUUGGCUGAAUAUCACAAGGAAGAUGUAUUGCGUAUACUCCCUUAUUGUGGCCACUACUUCCACAUAAAGUGCAUAGAUAUAUGGCUGCUGCAACAUUGUACCUGCCCAGUUUGUCGGAUUUCGUUGCGUGAGACUAAUGAGAAGAAACGAUCUAUGCAAUUAAUGUCAAGUUCUCGAUCUCAUCUUUCCACUGAUUUUCUUGCUAUAAGCCCUCGUCAGUGUAGAUUUAUAUCGAGGACUGCAGAAACUCAUAUGAGAAAUUCUAUGCAAGACAACCAGCUUGUGCCUCAUGGUGUAACUGAAGCAGCCAGAGAUAACACACAGUUUCCUGAAGAAAAUGGUAUUGUAAAAGACCCCAAAAGUAAGCAUGUAGAGAGCCCAUCACUGGCAUAGCUGUGGGCCUAAAUCUACCAGUUGCAUCUUUCAAGACUUCUAUGCUAUUGAUGAGAAAUUUGGGGGUUGCCAAAUAAGCUGGUUUUUUUCCCUCUUGUGGGCUAUAGCUUUGUACAUAUUUUUCCCUGGUGAUUUAACUCAAGCUUACAAGAGGACUGAUGUACCAAGAACUAUAAAGGCACUGCCCUUUGGGUGCACGCUUUCCAUGUUUGACGUCCACAAGCUUGGAUGUGCAGUGCUGCUGUAGUUGGACAGCUAUGUGUCUAUGACGAUGUAGCCUACUUGCUUUCAGGAGAGAUGCAACACCAUUUGGGGUUUGUUUGGUUUUUCUCUUUUUAGCAGAUCAGGAAUCCAUAUAUCUUUGUAUUGGGUGUGUUGUCCAAUCAAUAGUUUCCCGUUUGAAAGAUAGGAACUAGAAGUAACAGUGGUGUACAGAGCAAAAAUAUAUAGAUAUGUGCAUAGAUGGAAUUCGCCAAGACUUCCUUAAUUCUGCGAAGCCGGAUAUGCGGCUAAUACUCUUGGAUCACGGACGGGAUGUUGCUAAUUCUAAACAUGUUCUCUACAAGUUUUUUUAUUUCUGUUUGGGAGCAUGUCAUUUUGUCCC